CACUGUUUCUGGUGUCCGUGUGAAACAUCCGGCGGAAGUAAACAACAAGGCGCUAGCAUCGUUAGCUUCCAGGUUUUCUUCUGUUUAUCGUCGGUUUUUGCUGUGUGAGCUGAAUAUUUCAGAGUCUGCAGUAACAACAUCUUCGGUUCAUCAUCUGAGAGAAUUGAUCAGAGAGCGACUAACUGCUGCUGCUGGAGAAAUAUUCAGAAACAUCGUUCAUUAGGAGGAAGAGAUCGAUCAUCAGCUCAGACUGCUGGAUAUCAGCUGGAAAACCCAGAUCAGAUCAGAACCUACAGGUCUUCUACAGCAUCAUGUCUGUUACUACAUGGGAGGUUGCUGCUGGUCAAUAUCUCAUAACCAAAGAGAGGAACUCUGUUCUGGAUCAAAAUAUAUCAGACAUUGGGGAAUUAAAAGAGGAACAGGAGGAACCAGAACCACAGCCAAUGAUUGGGACAAAAGAGGAACCAGAACCUCAACCAAUUAAUGAGAAACGGGUUGAACUGUGCAUCUUUGAGGACGACAGGCAGCUUUUAUUGAAGCAGGAAACCAACACCUCUAUGGUGACCAUUGAUUAUGAGGAAAUAUUCUACAAUGGACCAGAACUGCAGCAGAUGAUUGAGACAAAGGAGGAACCAAAUCCUGUACCUAUUAAAGAGGAACAGAAGGAACCUGAACCACAGCAGAUGAUUGAGACAAAAGAGGAACCAGAACCUUGGCCAAUUAAAGAAGAACAAGUUCAACUCUGCAUCUUUCAGGAUGAAGAGCAACUUUUAGUGAAGCAGGAGACUGAUUCCUUUAUUCUGACUCCUACUGAUCAAAAAGACUCCAGUGAACCAGAAACUAUCAAGAAUCAUCUGCUUUGUUCAACCUGCCCUGAAGAUAAAAACCAACAUCAACAAGGAAACACUCAGCAAGACUCUGGAUCAAAUACAGUGAAAGAUCUAAAGCCAGAGAGAAGACGCAAAAAACCCAGAAAACAAAGUGAUAAUGUGGACAACUCAAAACUAAUAGGGCAUAAAAAGAAAUUACCCUUAUGUAAAGUAUGUGGCAAAUGUUUCACUACUCGACAAAUGUUAACCUUGCACAUAAAAACUCAUACAGGAGAGAAGCCUUUCUCAUGUGUGACCUGUGGAAAAGGUUUUACUAGGAAAUCUUCCCUAACUGAACACAUGAGAACUCACACAGGUGAGAAACCGUAUUCUUGUGAGUUGUGUGCAAAACCAUUUCGAGAUCGUAGUCAGUUGGUUUUUCACAGGAGAGCUCACUCAGGAGAGAAGCCUUUCUCAUGUGUCAACUGUGGAAAAGGAUUCUCUAGGAAAUCUUCCCUGACUGAACACAUGAGAACUCACACAGGUGAGAAGCCUCAUUCUUGUGAGUUCUGUGAAAAAUCUUUCCGACGUCAUAGCCAUUUGAUUUGUCACAUGAGAAUUCACACAGUUGAGAAGCCUUAUUCAUGUUUGACCUGUGGAAAAAGCUACCAUAAGAAACCUGACCUCACUGCACACAUGAGAACUCACACAGGUGAGAAGCCGUUUUCUUGUCAGGUAUGUGAAAAAUCUUAUAGAGACCAUUAUGAUUUGACUUGUCACAUGAGAACUCACACCGGUGAGAAGCCCUUUGCUUGCAAAAUGUGUGACAAGUCUUUUGUUUACAGUAGUAAUUUAAAUAGCCACAUGAGGACUCAUACAGGUGAGAAGCCUUACUCAUGUGUGACCUGUGGAAAGGGUUUCACUAGGAAAUCUUCCCUUACCGAACACAUGACAACUCACACAGGAGAGAAGCCUUAUUCUUGUGAGUUGUGUGAAAAAUCUUUUCGAAAUCGUAGUCGUUUAAUUUGUCACAUGAGAACUCACACAGGUGAGAAGCCUUUCUCAUGUGUGAUCUGUGGAAGAGGUUUCACUAUGAAAUCUUUCCUGACUGCACACAUGAGAACACACACAGGGGAGAAGCCUUAUUUUUGUAAAGUGUGUGGUAAAUCUUACAUUAACAAUACUAAUUUGAUUUGUCACAUGAGAACUCACACAGGGGAGAAGCCUUAUUUUUGUAAAGUGUGUGGUAAAUCUUACAUUAACAACAGUAAUUUGACUUGUCACAUGAGAACUCACACAGGUGAAAAGCCUUUCUCGUGUUUGACCUGUGGAAAAGGUUUCACUAUGAAACAUUCCCUGACUGCACACAUGAAAGGUCACACAGGUGAGAAGCCUUUCUCAUGUUUGACCUGUGGAAAAGGUUACCUUAGAAAACCUGACCUAACUGCACACAUGAGAACUCACUCAGGAGAGAGGCCCUACACUUGCAAAAUGUGUGAAAAAUCUUUCAUUAACAGUAGUAGUUUAAAUAGUCACAUUAGAACUCAUACAGGUGAGAAGCGUUUCUCAUGUGUGACCUGUGGAAAAAGAUUAUCCACACCAUAUAAUUUGACUAUUCACAUCAGAACUCAUACAGGCGAAAAGCCACAUAUUUGUGAACAGUGUGGUAAAUCAUUCACCACCAGAUAUAAACUUACCACACAUGUGUGUAGUAAAAAACUUUAGAAUAUUUAACCCGUUAAGUCCUGUGGGGUUUUAGAGCAAUUUCUGCCUGAAAUUACAUAUCUGUAAUAAAUGAGGUUUAGCUCCAUAGUUAUAAAUCUGAUUGCAAACGUUUGGUACAAACGUAAAAUAACAUUUUUCCAGUGGAAUUUGGACUGAAUCAGUUGAAGCAUAUUUGUUACGUUUUAGUGGGCAAUGUGCCAGGCAGAGCUGGUAUUUUGGCACAAUUUUGCCAAAUGUGCCAAAGAUGUGCCAAAUGUGUCUUUCAUUUCAUAAAAGGGAAUCUGGUCAAAUAAAAGUGCUGAUUUCCAUUCUAGUACUCCUGCAUAUGAUAUAGUUUUGGUCAUGACAUUUGCCCUGUUUAUCAUCAAAAUAUACCAUUGUGCACAGCAUAAAAUCAAUAUAACGAAAAGAAAUCUAACUAAAUUGUAUCCUUUUGUCUCCAACUGGUGGAGUUUUAUUGUAGAUAAAAAAAGAAUAAUCAAUGACAUACUGUAAACAAAUGUGCAGAAAUGAUAUUAUAUGGAAAACUAUGUAUACAAAUGUGAAUUAUCAAUGAAAAACUGUCUAUAUGUUGAUGGGUUGCAUGCAUCGUUUUACACACCUCCAUACUGCUCAUUGUCCUUAACUUUAUCCCUCUAUAGUGUUUUUACAUGUUGUGGUUGUGGAAACCUAAGUCGGAUUCCUUGUUUGGAAACAGUCUCAUAGAAACAGCCAUGUAGCCUCGUUGUUUUGGAGCAGAGGGGAGAUUGUUGUUUACAGAUUUACUACAACAACAUAUGUCCUACACAACAGUAAAUACAAAGUUUUUGAAAUAACAGACAUGUAAUAUGAAUCAGCCAGAAAUAAGAAGAAACAGCAUAACUUACUCAUGAAAUAGCCCCCUCCCCUCCGAAGCUAACCAUCAUCAUAACCUUCAUCAUCAUCUUGAUCGAUGAAGAAUAUUCCAUUUUCAUAUCACUGGUUCACUAAAUGUUGUACAAAACUUCUUAUUUAUCCAGAAAUAACACAACACUUGGAGCUAACAGCUAACAGACCACUCUGCACACCAGAAUGCACCCACAAUGCUUGAGCUUUACACACAAAUGACAUCACCAGAGAAGGUGCUAGACGAGUUAGGCCUUGUUUGAAAGGUGAGUGUCUGUAGUUUUGUAAUGAUAUAAGACAGGUGGGGUGCUGCAAAAGGAAGGUGCUUUUUGUACUGUUUUGUUCACAGAGUCAGCCAUGUCUAAGGGACCUUUAAAUGUAUUUUCAUGUGUUUAAAUUGUUGUAAAACUAAAAGUAUUUGUGCCAAACUCA